UCUGGGUAACUCCACUGUGCCCUUGCGCUCUUGGCUGCUCAGUGAAUGACUGACUGCUCGCUCGGCUUGAGGAUCUGUAGCUCGUUUAUUAGUGUACUGUAACGUCGCAUUUUCUUCUCAGUUAGCAGUCAGAAUGAUGGCCGCAAGGUUUCUUCUUCGCCGUGCGGCUCCUGCGCUCAGACAGGCCCGCUGGUACGCCGAGGCGGCCGCCGGCUCUUCACAGAUGUCCUUCACUUUUGCCUCGCCGAAUGAGGUCUUCUUCAAAGAAGCCAGUGUGAAACAGGUGGACGUCCCAACGAUGACCGGUGCCUUUGGUAUCCUCCCAGCUCAUGUCCCCACCCUUCAGGUCCUAAGGCCUGGUGUGGUCACAGUCUUCAGUGACGACGGCUCCUCUGCUAAGUAUUUUGUGAGCAGCGGUUCAGUCACAGUCAAUGCCGACUCUUCAGUGCAGUUGCUUGCUGAGGAGGCUUUUCCUUUGGAUAGCCUGGACCUUUCUGCAGCUAAAGCUAAUCUGGAGAAAGCCCAGUCAGAGUUGGGCAGUGCUUCAGAUGAGGCCUCCAGGGCAGAAGUGCAGAUCAGCAUAGAAGCUAACGAGGCUAUCAUCAAAGCUCUGGAAUAAAUGCAUCAUCUUUAUGGUCAGAAGUUCUUUGUUGAUUCCCAAGCCCAGGCGAAGUCAGUAACCGCAAGUCAAGCCAAUUGCUUUGUACAGUGGAUGAAUAUACCAAUAAAUUUAUUUGGAAAUAA